AUUGCCCUGCCCUGCUGAGUCUCACCUGUGUCAUUGUUCACCUGAGUGUCAGGUAGUGUGUGUCCGUUAGUGUGUGUGUGUGUUCUGGACACCUCUGCCUCAAACUGCUUCACCGAACCAACAGGAAAAAAGAAAAUCUCUGUGUAUUGAAGCAUGGCUGAAGGAGAAGACUUUGAAAGUUCGAAGGAAGCCAUUGUUACGCAGGAAGAAAAACAGCUACCGGGUGAUUUCAGAGCUCUAGACACAGCGAGGGGAGCAGAGAGGCGAGAGGAUGAGAGCGACGCGGUCACACAGCCUCUGCUUCAGCACGAACACCAGGACAGCCGAGAUGAGAAUCUCACAGCAGACACGCAAACGGCGACAGAUGUUGCUGACCCACAGACAUCUGUUCCACACGAGCUGCAAUUGGCGGGCGGGGAUCAGAGCGGCUGCAGCGGAAGUGUCAGGAGCUUGUGCAGUGACAGCAGUCGACACGAGUGCCACAUCUGCAGUGAGCAGUUUGACUCGCACACUUUGCUCAGAUGUAACCACACACUGUGCCACCAAUGCGUGGCUGGCAUCAUGAAGCGGGCCAAAGACCCGGGCAGACUGCAGUGCCCCUUCUGUCGGCAGACCACCCCGUUCCCACAGUGGGAGAUCAGGAGACUUCAGGAGGAAUUCUACAGCAACUGUGUCUACGAGGACACACCGGCCCUCGUCAUCAGUCCUGGCCCUGAACCUCGGGUCGCUAACGCAUCACCUUUAUGCUGCUUCGCUCACACAGACGCGUGUGGAGGCUGUGUUUGCGCUUCCCGCCUUGUCGGUCGACUUCCCUCUCACUGCUUCUCCGUCACUGCCCUCCUGCUGCUCUUCCUGGUGCUGCUGGGCUACUUCCUAUCUUCCCUCAGUGUGGACGAGGAGGCAGACAGAGUUCCCUUCCCUGCCUGGGGUCGCCAGGGUUUUCCCUCUCUGCAGGUUCUCAGCGAUUUCUCACUUUGUCUCCUGCAACCCUCCCAAUUUCUCCACUCUAGCCCAUUUGGAAGAUUUAAAGUAAACAGUGAAGAAGAAGAAGAGGACGCCCUCACCUUGUCAUCUGCUAUGUGGUUCUCCUGGGGAGUGUUGCUGAACUCUGGAAUAGGAGAAGGUGCGCCGCGCAGCUUCUCAGCGAGAAUCCUGGGUAUGGUGUGGGCCGGCUUUGCUAUGAUCAUUGUGGCCUCUUAUACUGCCAAUCUGGCUGCCUUCCUGGUGUUGGACCGGCCUGAGGAGCGCAUCACCGGCAUCAAUGACCCAAGGCUGAGAAACCCAUCAGACAAAUUCAUCUACGCCACGGUGAAGCAGAGUUCCGUGGACAUCUACUUCCGGCGGCAGGUGGAGCUUAGCACCAUGUACCGCCACAUGGAGAAGCACAACUAUGAGAGUGCCGCCGAGGCCAUCCAGGCCGUGCGUGACAACAAGCUGCAUGCUUUCAUCUGGGACUCUGCGGUGCUGGAGUUUGAAGCCUCGCAGAAGUGCGACCUGGUGACCACGGGAGAGCUGUUUUUCCGUUCGGGCUUUGGCAUAGGCAUGCGCAAGGACAGCCCCUGGAAACAGAAUGUGUCCCUGGCCAUUCUCAGUUCUCAUGAGAACGGCUUCAUGGAAGACCUAGAUAAAACCUGGGUGAGAUACCAGGAGUGUGACUCAAGGAGCAAUGCCCCAGCCACACUCACCUUUGAAAACAUGGCAGGUGUCUUCAUGCUGGUGGCUGGAGGCAUAGCAGCCGGGAUCUUCCUCAUCUUCAUUGAAAUCGCCUACAAACGGCAUAAAGACGCCCGCAGGAAGCAGAUGCAGCUGGCCUUUGCGGCCGUCAAUGUUUGGAGGAAGAACCUGCAGCCCUCUUCCUCUCUAGAGACUCAGGAUGAUAGGAAAAGUGGUAGAGCAGAGCCCGACCCCAAAAAGAAAGCCUCUUUUAGGUCCAUCAGUACCACCCUGGCCUCCAGCAUCAAGAGACGUAGGUCCUCCAAAGACACGCAGUACCCACCCACUGACAUCACGGGCCAACUCAACUUGUCAGACCCGUCUGUCAGCACUGUGGUGUAGGAGCGAGGGAGCCACCGAGGUCCGCUCCCCCAGAGGAGAGAGGAAACCAGACUAGGAAGGAGGAGGGAGAGGAGGAGACCAUUUCCCCUGUUCCCUUCGAAGGCCGAAGCUUUUCUUUUCCCUGGAGAAGAGGCUGAAAACCUUUGCACCUUUGUUUUUUGUUUUUUAACAUAGAUCCCUGAGCAUGCACUGACGAACCCAUCUGACUCAUCUACAAUCCUUCUGUAUAUUAUCCGCCAACUUAUUUAACCUUGUUUCCGUCACAGAUCACAGAUUUACUUAAUGUUGGGUGUUUAUCUAAGUUCCUCCGCAGCUGUAUAGCAUUUAGCAAGCCAGGGUUAGUUUGGUUCUUUUAGGGAUUUAAACCAGUUCUACAUAUCACUUCUAAUUAGGGCCUGGAAACCAUUGUAAUGUUUAGUAUUUCUUAACAACAUGUACUGCAAUAGAAGGCGGACUGUAUAAGCUUCAAAGUAUUUUUGAAUAGGAACUACCUGUGUUUUUAUCUACACUUUUAGAUGAUGGUGGGAAACACUAAUAAUAAUAACGGCACUAACAAAAAGGAUAUGACUAAUCUUGUCUAAUGGAAGCAUGUGUAUAAGAGCUUUAUGUAUCUGAAUGAGGAUAUUGAUGUUUGUUAUUUUGAAGAUAUAGAGUUUGUUUCUCGUAUUUAAUCUUGCACCGAUCUCCCAAAACGCAUGUGUUCUUAUUUCUACCCGGCUUCUUUUAGAGAAUCUGUUUAGCUUUAAUGCUCGGGUGAAGUUUACAGGAGAAGAGUCGUCAUUUCACUGAUGAAACGUUACGUGAGGCUGCUGUGUUUCUUUAUGUUGUUUUGUUUUUUUUCAUGUCAGAACAAUUUUGAGAUGCAGCCACAAGCUAUGUUGUGUCUGGGGACGCCCUCUCUCUUCCUCUCUCCUGCCGCAGCAGACUUUCUCAUUUCCAGUCCAGAAGGGGUUGCAUCAAAGGGCCAGGUUUUUCACCCAACCAGAACUCGGUCUUUCCUGCAAAACCUCCUCCCUGAGCCGAGUCGAGCCGGGGCGGGAGAACUUUUACAAGAAGGAACCUGAGUGAAUUGAAAGCUUUGCUCGGGCCUGCGAGUUUGUGUGCAGGUCUUGGUUAGAUGCAAAAACAGGCCUUUUCCCAUUUUCUGGAUCUGAGAAACCACUGCUGUCGGUUGACAAAGACUAUCACUAUCCUUCCUGGUGUCUGGCACUGCAGAGCACUUUAUGUCGAGGGGUCUCCCAAACUGAAAGCUGCUGACUUACCCAGAACAGAACCACUCGAACAUCAGUCUGACGAAUUCACUUCUCCACUGUUUCAACUCCACAAAUCUCUUUUUACUGCUUUAUUGAGAAAUCGUGUUUACAGUCUUUAUAAAAAAAACGAAAUAACACUUUUAAAACACAAUUUGGUUUCUGAACUUGAACCGAGAUGUUGCUUCUGAUCCUUUUCUCCUUCCAGCCUGUGCAUGCUUUUGUCUUCUUAUCGGUGCUUUGGUUUGUUUUCCGGAUGCGUGUUGUUGCCGUGUACAGGGAGCUGAGCUGCGCCUCAGUCAAAUGAAAUGUAAAUAAGAGUCUUAUGUUCAGUGUAGGUGAGGCUGAGGAGAUUGUACCGCGCUCGUUUGAUGACUGCAGCUGAGAAUGUCCGAUGUUAUAGUUACACACUACAGUUGUGAUACACAGGCAUGCAUUAACACACACACACACACACACACACACACACACACACACACACACAAAGACAAAACCCCUAAAAGGAGAAAUUGCCUGUUUUUCUUACCUUUUUCCAGUAAAGAUUUCAUUGAAUCAUCUUGUUUAUACAACUGUAAAUAAAAUAUACUUACG